GUAGUGUGAAGAAAAAAAAACGAAAACAACAAUAACUUUAGUCAUAGUUUAGUGACAACUAUUAAAUAAGUAAAAUAUCGAAAUUGCAUUUUAAUGUUAUUUUAAUUUAAAUAUACAAAAUAAUUGUUAUAAUAACAACUCAAGCAACAAAUAAUAAACUAUUAAUUGAAACGCAAAGAAAACAGACUAAAUAACAAUGUCUGAAACAUACGAUUAUUUAUUUAAGUUUUUAAUAAUUGGUAGUGCUGGCAGUGGUAAAAGUUGUUUAUUGCAUCAUUUUAUUGAAAAUAAAUUUAAAGAUGACAGCUCUCAUACCAUAGGCGUUGAAUUUGGAUCACGUAUUGUUAAUGUUGGUGGUAAAUCGGUAAAAUUGCAAAUAUGGGAUACUGCUGGUCAGGAACGUUUUCGUUCGGUAACACGCUCAUAUUAUCGUGGGGCAGCUGGAGCUUUAUUGGUCUAUGACACAACAUCACGUGACUCAUUUAAUGCUUUAACAAAUUGGCUUAAUGAUGCCAGAACAUUGGCAAGUCCUAACAUAGUUAUACUCUUAGUUGGGAAUAAAAAAGAUUUAGAAGAAGCCAGAGAUGUUACAUUUUUGGAGGCAUCUACAUUCGCCCAAGAAAAUGAAUUAAUAUUCCUGGAAACAAGUGCAAAAACUGGUGAAAAUGUUGAAGAGGCAUUUUUAAAAUGUUCCAAAACUAUUUUGGCUAAAAUAGAAACGGGUGAACUAGAUCCGGAGCGUAUAGGCAGUGGUAUACAAUAUGGUGGGGCCGCUUUAAGAAAUCUACAACAAACACGACAACGAAGUAUUAAUAAGCCGGAUUGUGGCUGUCGCGUUUAAGUUUUCUUUUAAAACAACACUAUGUUUAGUGUUUUAUUUUUCUCUUAUUUUAUUUUUACUCCGGCAUAUC